CAUUAAUCCCUUCGACUAUUCUUUCAAGCAGAAAGAGUUUAUUUAAUUUACUUUGGGUUUGAAUUUAAAAUGGGAAACCAAAGUCCAACGUCAAGUGAUUCAUAUGGAUUAACAAGUGACUCAGUUAGCUCAACAAGUGAUUUAGAUAGCUCGUCAACAGAAGAACAGUGUGACGUUGCUCAGAAUAAGAAGCGCAAGUUUUCUUAUACUAGGUCUCGCAAACAGAAAACAGAAAAAAAGUCGACGGCUGGAAAGACCUUUAUUUAUAGAGGGAAGAAACGUGAACCAAAUAAAAAAGUGUUUUGUCGUGAUGGUGCACAUUUGAACUCAUCACGUGAGCAACUAUCUUUGAAUUCAAGUCCAAGAAACAAUUUAUCGAUGAGUGAAAAUGUCUUGACUGAGUAUGACUUAAUGAGCCCUGAAGCUCUUGAGAACCUAAGAAGAGAUGUUAUAAAUGACUUAUCUGACAUGCAAACCAGACAACAGCCAACAUGGCAAGAAAGGGAAGCAAUUCGAGCAUGGGGAUCCACUGACAGAACACGAAUAUUCAAGGAACUAGUUUCCAGGCAGCCACUUUAUCAUUCCAAAUGUGAUCAGUGUCAUCUUCACCUGAAUGCUGCUGCUGUAAGAUGCAUGACUUGCAAGAAACAUCUCUGUCACAAGUGCGAUACAGGCUCUCAUUUAACUAUGCCAUUUCACCGACGACUCUUGUGUUCUUCCGACACAUUGCAAAUUUUGCUACCAGAACAUUUCAUCGAUCCCAAGGGCAACAUUAUAAUAAAAGAUGUAUGUGUUCCAUGCUUCGUACCGCAUAUGUGUUACAAUGUCGAAUGCGAAGGAUCCAUGUUACUCAUUCCAAAUCUUCAAGAAUCAAUCGUGGUGGUCAAUGAGAGUGGUCGAUUUCUCGUUAAAGCUGCAGCUUUCGUUUGUGAUAGUUGCAACUCUCGUACAAGAGCCACAAUCGAUGACUAUGUAUUUUCUGGAUUUUUCCCUGGAAGUUUAUCGCCAAAAGUCACCUAUCUUUUUGCAGAAGAGGCACUUCUUCUAGGACAUCACAUUACUCAUAAGUCUCCUGGGUCUUCAAAAAAAAUGUAUGCACAUUCUCUUGAAGAAGUAUCAACAGAAUAUGGCCGGAAUGGACCAAUAAAUGUAACAUUAUUUACUACUGCUGAAAGAGAAUGGGAAACCUGUCGACAUAAUAUUGACGACCAAGUGCUUCAAAGGAACAAAAUUGAUUGCCCCAGUUGUGGGAAAGAACCUUUAGUCAGAUCUUCUGACGCUAUCGUAAAAUUGAGGCGCUUAAGCUCGGCUGGAAAAGUGCACAAUCCAGAAAACGAAAGAACAAUGGAACAGCCACAGGCGAGGUUUGGAAACUUAGUUAUCAAAUCCGAUACAGAAGUUGAAAAUUUUCGUCAAAGGAUUUACAACAAAGUUUCUACUACAAAAAAGAAACAGAUGUGUGGGGGAUCGGCUUUUAAGGCCGCAAGAGAAGACUCCAAUGAACAAAAGAAGUAUGACGAGACUGGGCUCGUCGUUAGCUCUUGCAAGCACUGCGUUGUACCAUACGCAAUCAACAUGUUUAAAGGUGAAUCGUGGACCCAUACUGCAUUUAUGCACAAUGAAGCCAUGAAAAGUAACGCCAAAUUCUUCUGCUACGACGUGGUAUGCCAAUACUGGAAAUGGAUGAAAACAAAAGUGGCUCGUCAUUUUCCUGAAUACCGUAAUCUAACAAGUGAAAUGACAGGAAUCUUGCCAAUCAUGCAUAAGAAUGCACAUCAAUUGCCAUGCAAGAUUUUAUAGAAUCCCCGCUGGACAACUGGAAUAGGCUUAACUGGAGGAGAAGAGCACGAGCAAGUUUUCUCCAAAUUGUAUCUAUAUGCUUAUGUGCUAAAGCAUAUGGCCAAACAUAACAGAAACGAUUUUUUAACAUUAGCUAUUCUUUAUUGGAACUGGGGUAAAAUUCAAAAUAUGCAUUUCCUUCUACGCAAAAAGCUUGAAAAAGCAAGAAAGGAAAUCAAACAAGGCACUCCAAAACUCGAGAAAUUGUUGGAAACCCAUAACCUCGUAAAUAAUGAUCUUCCACUGAUUCACAAGGAGCUGGAGACAAAAGCUAAGGCAAUUCUUGACCAAAGAAAAACCAAAAAGACUACAGUUGAUACACUGAGAAGAAUGCUGGAGGGCUUACAUGCUCAUUUAAAGACUACUUCCAUUUCUAUCUCUAAAGAAGCAGAAACUUCGAAGACUCGGACAAAAUUAAGGCGGGUUUUGACUGAAACUAAACGAAAGGCUUUGGAAACGAUUGAAUUAAUUAAUUCUAAGGAUACAACGCUUCCAAUUUCUUACGAGGAUUUCAAUGAAGGUGUCUUUCCUUGGGAAACAGUUCUGGAUCGGGAUGACACGCACUUUCCCACACUUUCUCUUGCCGACAAAUAUAAUAUUGUUGAUUGUUGGAUGCUAUUGAAAAGAGCAAGGGAGGAAAUUACAUUGAGUAAGAAUGAAAUGAUAAACUACAUGCGAUUCCUCAUUGAUAAACGGUCAUCACUACAACAACCAAGUCAAAAACAUACCGGAGAAGACGAGGAGAAAUUUGCGAAAGGGAAAUCCGUCAUGAAAGUUUCUGAAGUUCAUCAUCUUAAUUUAAAAAUUCAAAUGGCUCUAACAACAUUUAAUUUAAAGUGCA